CGUAGUCAAACGAGGCGGCGUUAGCUACGCCGGCCGCUUGCCUUGGAUUCAACAUCAAACCCGUCUCAGAAAGUCGCUUUAUUUACGUAUUUGUUGGAGUGUACCAUGGAUUUAAUAUAAGUAGAUCGUAUACUGACAAACUUCACUUGACUUAUCUCCGAAAGUCAUCGAUCUGGCAGAGCGCCAGAGGUUGAGCUACAGCCAUGGUGCAACAAUACCAGUCACCUGUAAGGGUCUACAAACACCCCUUUGAGCUGAUAAUGGCGGCCUAUGUGCGGAGGUUUCCAAACUGCCCCCUGAUCCCCAUCUUUGUGGACAGUGAGGUGGUGAAGGAGGAGCACAGUGAUGACGGAGCCACUGUGUUCAUUGAGAGGCGCUGUAAGGUGGAGGCAGACGCCCCCCGGCUGUUCAAAAGGAUGGCUGGUGUGGACUACCUGUACUUCAUCCAUAAGAACACUCUGGACCGCAGGGAGAGGGCGCUGCACAUCGAGGUCGUCAACGAGACCUUCUCCAACAGAGUCAUCGUCCAUGAGAUCUGCAACUACACGGUUCACCCAGAGAAUGAGGAGUGGACGUGUUUCGAGCAGACAGCCAGUCUGGACAUCAAGUCCUUCUUUGGCUUUGAGAACGCAGCCGAGAAGCUAGCCAUGAAGCAAUAUGCCAACAGUAUUAAAAAGGGCAAAGAGAUCAUAGAGUAUUACCUGAAGGAGUUGGAGGACGAGGGGGUGACCCACGUCCCCCGCUGGAGCCCCCCUCAGGCCCCCCCACCCACUGCCAGGCUCCAGCUGCCACUCACCAGUGCCCCUUCCAAUGCCAUCCCUGUGCCCACUGCCAAAGAGACCCCCACUGCCAGCCCCACAGAUCUACCGGCUGGCUCCCCAGAUGACAAGUUGGAUGCAGACUACAUCAGGCGUUACCUAGGAGACCUGACGCCGCUGCAGGAGAGCUGUCUUAUAAGACUACGCCAGUGGCUGCAGGAGACCCACAAGGGCAAGAUCCCUAAGGACCAGCACGUGCUGCGUUUCCUGCGGGCCCGGGACUUUAACCUGGAGAAGGCCCGGGAGAUCCUGUGUCAGUCGCUCUCCUGGAGGAAGCAGCACCAGGUGGACUUCCUGCUGGACUCCUGGGAGAGACCUCAGCUGCUACACGACUACUACACCGGGGGCUGGCACCACCACGACAAAGAUGGAUGCCCUCUGUAUAUUCUGCGACUCGGUCAAAUGGAUACCAAGGGUUUAGUACGCGCCUUGGGCGAGGAGUCCCUUCUGAGACAAGUCCUCUCAAUCAACGAGGAAGGUCUGAGGCGUUGUGAAGAGAACACCAGAGUCUUUGGCCGACCCAUCAGCUGCUGGACGUGCCUGGUGGACCUAGAGGGGUUAAACAUGCGUCACCUGUGGCGUCCGGGGGUUAAAGCCCUGCUGAGGAUCAUAGAGGUGGUGGAGGCCAACUACCCAGAGACCCUGGGAUGUCUGCUCAUACUGAGGGCUCCACGGGUCUUCCCUGUGCUCUGGACCCUGGUCAGUCCAUUCAUUGACGAGAACACCAGGAAGAAGUUCCUGGUGUAUGCUGCGAAUGACUACCAGGGGCCUGGAGGUCUGGUGGACUACAUCGAUAGAGAGGUCAUCCCUGACUUCCUGGGAGGAGACUGCCUGUGUGAGAUCCCUGAAGGAGGUAUGGUCCCCAAAUCUCUGUACAGGACAGCAGAGGCGCUGGAAAGUGAGGAGCUGCGGCUGUGGACAGAUACCAUCUACAAGACUGCCAGUGUCUUCAAGGGGGCCCCACAUGAGCUGCUGAUCGAAAUCUCCGAGCCCUCUUCUGUGAUCACCUGGGACUUUGACGUGUGUAAAGGGGACGUCAUCUUCAACAUCUACCACUCCCGGAGGGCGCCCCAGCCCCCCAAGAGGGACGUCCAGGGGGCCCACGGCAGCAUCGUGUCGCCAGCCACCAACAACAUGCAGUUGAUUGACAGAUCCUGGAUUCUGGGGCAAGACUACAGUAUGGUGGAGACAGCACUCACCUGCAAGGAGGGAGAGAGUGUUCAGGGCUCCCAUGUGACGCGGUGGCCCGGGUUCUACAUCCUCCAAUGGCGGUUCCACUGCUCCCCGGCCUGCUCUACCUCCAGCCUGCCCCGGGUGGAUGACGUGCUGGCCUCCCUGCAGGUCUCCUCCCACAAGUGUAAGGUCAUGUUCUACACCGAGGUGCUGGGCUCCGAAGACUUCAGGGGCUCUAUGACCAGUCUGGAAUCCAGUCACAGUGGCUUCUCCCAGCUGAGUGCCGCCACCACCACCUCUAGCCAAUCACAGUCCAGCUCCACCGUAUCAAGAAAAACCAGUGCUGUACCAACACCUGCCAAUGAGGACUUAACCUUACCCAGGGGGAUGAGAGAAGUGUUAUGAACUGUAUGGAACAAGGAUAGCCUAUCCUUAAUGCCAUGUGGUGGAACACUGGAGUUCCUAGUACUUGCAUUUAAAGAACUGGAAUAUAUUAUUAAAAUAUACAUGUACAUGUUUUAAUCUGUAUCUAUAAUUAGUGACAUUAAGAUUGCUCUGGAAGUAUAACAUCUGCUAUAUGAGCAUCUGCUGAAUGAAUAAAUGCAUAUGGAGAUGUCUUGCAAACCAUCAUCAUCCUCUUUCUUUCAAUACCAUUAUUCUUUCUUUUUUAAGGGAAGUGACAGAAAUGUUUCCCAUUUUAUUGAAACUGAACAAUAAAGCACUUCCUAUUUUCAGCA